UUCCGUUCGUUUGGAAGAGACCGCAGCGCGAGCCGUUUCUGUCUGCAUCUUUCUUUUCUUCACCCCUCCUUAUCUCGCUGCAUCCAUCCCUAAAAACCGCUCUCCAGGUUCAGAGGAGAAACCGGAGAGCAGGGUCGUGAUUUUGUGGAAAUACAUUUUUGCAUUUUUCCCUGCUGGGUGUUGGUAGCGCGCAGUUGGUGCGCGCUUUGUAAAUUCCGGUGAAUGGUGGAUUUGGCAAACAUGGAGACCGUGGAGAAGGAAUGCGGGGCCCUCGGGGGUCUAUUCCAGGCGAUUGUCAACGACAUGAAGUGCUCCUAUCCUGUGUGGGAGGACUUCAGCGCCAAGGCCACCAAGCUGCAUUCCCAGCUCCGAACCACUGUGCUGGCUGCUGUGGCCUUCCUGGAUGCCUUUCAGAAGGUGGCAGACAUGGCUACUAAUACUAGAGGAGCAACCAGAGACAUCGGUUCGGCUCUGACCAGGAUGUGCAUGAGGCAUCGCAGCAUUGAGGCCAAACUUCGCCAGUUCACAAACGCUCUGAUGGAGAGUCUGAUCACUCCUCUUCAGGACAAAAUUGAGGACUGGAAGAAAACUGCCAACCAGCUGGAUAAAGAUCAUGCCAAAGAGUACAAGAGGUCACGCCACGAGAUCAAGAAGAAGUCAUCUGACACCAUGAAGCUGCAGAAGAAGGCUCGCAAAGAGAUGCAGGGGCGAGGAGACCUGCAGCCUCAGCUGGACAGUGCCAUGCAGGACGUGACGGACAUGUGCCUGUUGAUGGAGGAGACGGAGAAGCAGGCGGUGCGACGGGCCCUAGUGGAGGAGAGGGGACGCUUCUGCACCUUCAUUGGCUUCCUGCAGCCUGUCGUGAACGGAGAGAUCGCCAUGCUGGGAGAGAUUACUCACCUCCAGGCCAUCAUUGAUGACCUCACUGUGCUCACAACCGAUCCUCACAAACUGCCCCCAGCUAGUGAACAGGUGAUUAAGGACCUGAAGGGUUCAGAUUACAGCUGGUCCUAUCAGACGCCUCCGUCAUCCCCCAGCAGCUCUGGCUCCCGCAAGAGCAGCAUGUGCAGCAGCGUCAACAGCGCCCACAGUAGCGCCUCCCGCUCUUCAGGGGGAGGCGGUAGUGUUGGUUUUGGUGGUGGGGGUGGAGGCUCCCAGCCUCACUCACCCACCUCAUCCUCCUCCUCCUCCGUUCGCUACCGCAGCAGCCUGCCGCACCAGCCUCUGCCACCAGGGGGCAUCGCCGCCCACCGCCUCAGCAGCGUGUCCUCCCAUGAUUCAGGCUUUGUGUCCCAGGAUGCAAACAUUUACUCCAAGCCGCCCUCACCCAUGCCCUCAGACAUCACAAGCCAGAAGUCCUCCAGCUCAGCAUCGUCAGAGGCCUCAGAAACGUGCCAGUCAGUCAGUGAAUGCAGCUCCCCAACCACUUUUGGCACGUCCUUCGCUACCUUCCGCCCCGCUCUCUCUCACCCUGGCUCCACCAGGCCUCUCUCUGUCAUUCUUCCUGUUCCUGCGUCCCCACCUUAUAACUGCCCCCCUGGAUCCAGCUCCUCCUCUCCCACAUCAAAGGUUCCUAUCUGGAAGGAUUGGUCCAAAGCAGGUCAGUACGAGCAGCCGGCGGCGGCAACAGUAGUUCAGAGGAGGAAGGAGCCUCUGGAUAGACUGAGGGAGAGUGAGGGGUCCCCCAGCGCACAGGGAUACGCUGGUCCAUCUGCACAUCCUGAUGACCCUCAGAGAUCCAGGAUGACUCCGGCUAACCUUGCUGCCAAGCAUGGAGAGGAGGUCUCUCCAGCAGCCAGUGACCUGGCCAUGGUACUGACCAGAGGACUCAGUAUGGAGCAGAAGAGCAACAGAGACUCCCUGCAGUACUCCAGCGGCUACAGCACAGAGACCACCACCCCGUCCUGCUCUGAGGACACCAUCCCCUCACAAGGUUCAGAUUAUGACUGCUACUCUGUGAACGGAGACACUGAGGUUCCUGAUGGGCAGACAGAGUUUGACAAGUCCUCCACCAUCCCUCGCCACUCCAACAUCGCACAGAACUACAGGCGUAUGAUCCAGACCAAGAGGCCUGCCAGCACAGCCGGGCUACCCAGCGGGGUUCUGGGUCCGGGGGGUCAUGUGAUACCUGGACAACCAGGUGGAGCUGGUGGAGGAGGAGCAGGCACUCCAGGCACUGCCACCAUCCGCAGAACCCCGUCUACCAAACCGGGCGUGAGACGCACAAUGUCCAAUGCAGGGCCCAUCCCAAUCCGACCACCCAUUGUGCCUGUAAAGACCCCCACUGUUCCUGGAGACUCACACUCACUUGGUGCAGGUGGAGGUGGGUAUGCAGGUGGGGGGCAUGUGGGUGGUGUGCCUGUGCGUGUGGGCAGUGAGGAAUGUGUGUUCUUCACUGGAGUGGACGAUGCACAGGGAGCGCUUGAUUAUGUGAAGGCGUCACCAAAGCGCCUCAGCCUUCCUAACACUGCCUGGGGCUCAGGGGCGGCGUUGGAGGUCUACGCCCAGCAGCAUGGGGGCCUCCUACUGGGAGCCGGCUCAGGGGCAGGAUCAGUGGAGGAGCAGAUGAUUGCAGCCAAUCGGCACAGCCUAGUUGAGAAGAUUGGGGAGUUGGUAGCCAGUGCACAUGCUCUUGGAGAGGGUCAGUUUCCUUUCCCUGCCCUCCCUGAUGACCCCGCCCUGCAGGCAACCGGCUCAGCCGAUUCUGAGACAGGGACAGAGGGAGUGGAGGGGUCUGGUGACAUGUUGACCACCAUCAGGAGAGGAGUCCGCCUCCGCAAGACCGUCUCAAAUGACCGAUCGGCCCCACGCAUCUUGUGAUUGGAGGAAAAGCAGGAAGAGGAUGAAGUUCGUCAGCCAAUAGGGAGUCAGGUGUUGGUGUGGUGCAACCCAACCGCCUAGUACACAAAAAACUUAACCAUGUAGGGAGAGCUCUAAUAUAACAGAAGAUGAAUGAAAACAAAAACAUACACAAAAAAUAAGUGUAAAGACAUCAUUAGAGUAAAAGAUAUAUAAUAUAAUGAUAAUAAUAACAUUAAUAAUGUUAACCAAUGCUGACAAGUAAGAGUUAAAUACUGAAUAUUGACAGGCUCCUAGACAGCCACUAUAACUAGUGUGUGUUGGACGCAUGUUUGUCUUCUCUACACCUUCACCCAGGGACGGAAAGACUCGCAGGAAAAACAGAUAUGAUAAAAAAAAGGCAAAGAAAGAGAGAAAGACUGGGUUCUGUUUGCCAACUUACACCCUUCCCCAUCCUCUUCUCCAACUAACCCGACUGUGGAACGCCAGAGGAUGGACUGAUGACUGAAGGACGGCCGAGAGAGAGAGGGGCCAGAGUGCCAUGUGACCAGCUGGAUUUGAACCCAGGCUGUCUCAGCAGCGACAUACUGUACUUAUUCGCCCACUGAACUGAAGCUUUGGUAUUAGCAUGGGGAGCUAACAAGCCAGAGGGCUCCUCUGGAUCAUUCUAAUGUAAAAGAGUCUUUAAAAAAUACUGUUGGCAUUGAACCGUGCUAGUGCCCCCUUCCCCUCUCUCUCUCUCUGUGUGUAGUGUGUGCGUGCUCAUUGUGAAUGCAUGUGGGUGACUAAGAAAAGUGAGUGUGUGAACAUGUGAAUGAGUGUGAGUGUGUGUGAGGGGGGUGGGUAGAGCUCUGCUGCAGGACAGCUGGUUACCCAAUGAGGGCAGGGCUUUUCUCCUGUGUGUUGUGCGUGUAUUUUCUUGUUUAUAUCGUGACGUCAUUUACCUUGUUACCACUGUCGAAGAAGUUACGAGAAGUAAUCCAGGCGUAUAGAUAUAUUCAUAUAUAUUUUCUAGAACCAGAGAGAAAAUGUUAAAUCAGAAAUGGAGCAAUAAAUGUGUUUUAUUUUCUUGUUUCUGAGGAGAGCAUCAGUGGGGGAUUGUAGGUUCCUCCUGUGUCACAUUCAGGCUAUCAUCAGGAAUGCUAAAUUACACAUCGACUGUGAAUUCAUGCCUAGCCUAGUGUUGGUGAGUCUCUCUCUGUCCCUGUCUCUUUCUGGAGGAGGACAUGGGUUACAAAAUUGUUGAAACAUGAAUACUUGAAGCACUUUGAUAGGUUUUUAGAGUAUGAACAAUAGCCACUGGGUGUCGCUGUAGUCAUACUAUAUGAGAAGGAGAGUGGAAGUGAGAGAGAUGGCUGCCAUAGGAUUGCUUUCUGAGGAAUAAUUAUUUAAUUUGUAGAAGAAGAAGAAGAUGAGAAAGGUACGAAGAGGAAGUGAUUAAGUCUGGUAGAUUUGGAGUGAUUGGUGAAAUGAAAGAUUGGAUAAGAAAGUAGAUGAUAUUCAACUUCAUAAGGAUUGGAUGAUAGUGCUCGUCGUGUCCUACAAGCCAUCACUGUGGAGUACUGGAGAUUUUCACUGGUUUGGUUGCAUUAGUGUCUGAUGGUCUGAACACAUCAUGCAAAAAUAAAACUCUGCAAGGACAGGUCACACUGCUGUUUGGAUUCAGGCUUUAAAAUGUUUGCUGUGCUGUGAACAGGUUACUUGUCUGGGAUGAGAUACCUGCUCACAAGGCUUCUUCCUCUAAUCCCUGGGAAUAGCAGCGAAGGUCAUUUUGUUUUUCAGCACCUAAAAGUUACAUAAAAAAACUAACAGAUAGAAGUCUCUCAAGAAACAAACGGUCCAGUGUAGAGGAUAAGAUAAUAACCCUGGCUUGCCCCAGUUAGAAUGAUUUCUACCCUAACGGCAGUCCAUUAAACAAUGCUGACAGCACUUUGGGGUAUUUUCUAAUGAAACCUGGACAGUUUCUAAAGAACCCUGGACAGUGUUUCAGAAAAGAUAAAUUACUGUUCUAUAAUUUCUAUACAAUUGUUCAAAACUGUGAGCACAGCAAAAACACUCUAGCUUGCAUUGUGUGAAGUAGGAGGCAGAAAUGUAGAAAUCUGGACAAGUAAAAAAAAAUGUAAAUUGUACUGAAUUAAAUAUGGUAAUUAGAAAUUUGGAGUCAAGAAUACAUGAAAAUAUUGAUGAUGUUGGUUGGAAAUAGGGUUGCAAAGGGGCGGAAAAUUUCCGGAAACUUUCCAUGGGAAGUUAAGCUGGGGAAUUUUGGAAAUAUUCCAAAUUGGAAACUUAAACUUAACAAACUGUAUCAUAUACGAACAUAAUACAUGUAAAUAUUUUUGUUUCGUUAUAAGCAAACAUCCAUGUAAAAUAAUACAAUUAAAAAACAUGACAUUUCAACAGAUUUAUUUGAGUAGAACUUUAGUUUUUAUUCCUGAACAAUGAACAAUCAAUUUUUUUAAUGAACAACAAAAACAUGAACAUGAACUCCCCCACCCAAUCAAAAAGUAAAAUGCCCCCCACCCCCCAAAACAAGUCCCAUUAAAAUUUUUAAAUGAAAGGAGUCCCCCCCCCCCCCCCCCCCCCCCCCCCCCUCCAAAAAAGUGCCAUUCAACAUGUAAAACAAAAACCUUGCAAGCCUAGUUUCUGCAUGUUCUGCAUUUUUGCCAAAACCUUUCAGGCAAUGGCCUCUUCCUGGGCCUCAUCAACAUCCUCCAUGUUCACCUCCUCAACAUCCGCCGCCUCCUCCUCCUCCUCCUCAGUGUCACUUGCUCAAUUUCAACAGAAAUAUAGUUGGCUAAACAACUGGAAUGGUCUUCAAAAUAUUUUUCAAUUGAAGUAUAAAUUCUUGUAUGGUUACAGAAAACCGUCUUGCAGGAGUCAGAAGAAACAGCAUCACAUUUGAGGUAGCUAUAAUAAGCUAGCCUCUUAAAUGGUCAAUGAAAUGAAAAAUAGCUUACAUUUAGCACUUAACUUACCAGCUAGCUAUCUACUGUAUGAAUACAUAUUUAUUUAAUUUUUGCAAGUUAAACAGUAAUCCCGUUAUAGAUCAAAUAUAUUUACCCCAUAAUAUUAUAAAAAACUUACUUGACUUUACAUAAUCCACAGGCUCAACUGUGUGGCUUCAAUAGUCUUGUGCUUUGGGCUCAAAAGUGUGGCCUCCAGGGUUUAAGCAAUCAUCUGUGCAUGUGAUGGAGGAGUGCACAGUGCAUGCAGGGGGCGUGGCCUCAAUAGCCCUGCAGUAAGCAGUGCUGUGUGCAUGUGAUUGAGGAGUGUACUUGCAUUAAAUCUGGUUGUUUUGGCCAAGAUUAUGCUACAAUAUAUUUUCCUCCAACUAUAUUUAAGUUCCCUGUUGAGGGCCAACCUUCAAUUUUGUAAAUUUCUUUAUUAUUCCCAUAAAUUCCCGUUAAUUCCCAUAAGUUAAUUCCCAUAAAUUCCCGUUAAUUCCCAUAAGUUAAUUCCCAUAAAUUCCCGUUAAUUCCCAUGGAAAGUUUCCAACUUUGAAAAUUCCUGGAAUUUUGCAACCCUAGUUGGAAAUAACACUUAAGAGGCAGAAAUGUACUCAAUAUUGAACCCUACACACUUAAAUAUGAAGUAUUAUUUAGUAAUUCACAAUCAUGCUGACAUUCAUAAUAGCAAAUCUGUUCUUUCCUUUAAAAUGUUGUUUAUUUUUGCAUUAAAUGAAGGCAAAGUAAAGUCUCAAACAAAGUGGGACAACAAAAGAUACUUCAAAUAUCUUUGAAUUAAGGUCAAUUUACGGAGUAGAUGGUGACUGGUGACUGAGUGCCUUCAGAACUCAGUCACCAUGAAGUGAAGUUUUCAGGCUCUUCAAUGUUGAUUUGGUGUAGCUGGUGUUGCUGGCUGUAAAGUCAUGACGGAACCCUUUUCACAGAGCCUGGCAAGUACUAAAGGUUAUUUAAAGGUAUUGAAACUAUCUCCUUUUGCUGCUGUAUUUUUGAGAUUUUCUUGAAGUUACUCGCCCAACACUGGUAACCAAAGAGCAGCGUCGACAAUAACAUUACAUUUCUACACCAGUAUGUGUUCAGACACAGAUAUUAAAUGUGUACCAGGUCCUUGUGUAGUUUGGCCUGCAAACAACAUUUUGCUGUCCAAACUAAAAUAUUCUCCCAAGAGUAGUUCAGCACGGUUCAGAAGAAAUAGGCCAGUGCAGCUCAGGACUCAGCUGUGUCAGAGGAUUAUUUAUGGACAUUAAAGGUGUGAGAGAAGGUGAAUCCUGUUUGAUUGGCUAGCUGGUGACAGAGAAGCAGGAGGACUUGAAUUAGACUAUAAAAACGGACUGAGGGGAAAAUACAUGUGGAAUGAGCAUUUCACUGCCUGUUCAAACAAUAUGUACUCCAUGUGCUGUACUUGUAAAUGAGAAUCAGGCGCACAGAUUUGGUAAAAACAAAAAGAAAAAAAAAAAGUUUGUCAGAGAAAUUCAUGGAAUAUUGAGUUUGUCUUAUUUUCAUUUCACAGUACUGUUUAAUAUUUAGUCUUACUUUGGAUUUAUGUAAAUGAAGAAAAACUCGAAACACAAACUACUCAGCUGUGUAACAUAUGGUUGUAGGAUGAGUGGACUGAGAGUGAGUGUGUCCCCGUCUGGCUGUUGAACUGUAGGAUAGUGAACUCUUCAUCACACUCUUCGUCUGUACACUCUCUAGCAGUGACCUGAACAUAGCUGGUGACUUCAGUGCUCCAACAUUUUAUUGACUUGUUUCUUUAUUUCUCUUGAGUAGAGCACUGUUUAAACUUAAUCGUGGCUUAAGAGGAAAAUUAUGAUUUAUUUGAAGAGAUAGAGAGGACAAUGUUUGCAGUUUUUUUAACAUUGUGUCCUUCUGCAGGUGCACUUUUCUUUUUGUUUCUCUUUAAUUUCAAACAGUGCUUUAGCAAAGGGAUGUUGUAUUUCUUUGUCUCUGGCAGAACUGCUGUAUGUGUGUUGUCACAUAUGGAUGCGGUGUGAGGUAUCAGCUGAUUCUGGCAGGGUGAGAGGGUGGAAGGGGAGAGCAGGGGGGCUCAGACUUCAUCCUCCCAUUAAAAGAAAAAAAACACUUUGUGGGUGUGAAAAUGCUCACGUUAGGAGUUACUGUAAGACCGCCUGUUGAAGUCACACUGUACAUGAAUAUACGAGUGUCUACUAAAUGUGCUGCAGCUUAAGGCAACAUCAAACAGUACAUGUUUGACUUGCUACAACUAUUGCAAUGUCAGGACUUUGUUCUUGUGCAACUGAAUGAAGUUUAGGAAAGCAAUACAGAGACAGUGUUCAUGUACGUGCAUCCACAAUGAUGUUCCAGUGCGGGUUUGUUAGAGGAAAAUACCACUGUUUUGUCCACUUAGAGUACUUGUGACUCCAAUAUUCAAACUAUUUGGUAUUGCAUUGCUUUCAUGGUAAGAUCUGGAGUUAAGUGACCCUUAAUCAAAUGUGCAACCAGUGUUGCUCCACUGCUCUGAAUGUGAAUGUGCUUAAUGUUCAUUACUUCUAGUACAAGAUAAAACAAAUGAAUCCACUGCCAGCUAUCCACAGUAAGUAAUGGCUCUAUGAAAAGGUGUUUAUUAUCCCUGCUUAGAGCAUACUGCUUAUUUCAAAAUGACAGACAACAACUCAGGACAAGACAAGGAUACUAAAAGUGUAAGGGUUACCAAACUGAAUGAAAUCAGGACAUAAAACUGCACACACCCUGUGAUCAGAUAAGUGGAGGAAACAACACUGGUAUUUUCCUAUACAAAACCCAGUUAUCAGCACAAAAAGUUAUCUAAUGAAACAAUAAUGUCUGUUUUAACAUGCUGAAUUAACUGUGUACUAAACUAACUGUCUGAACAAGCUGAAAUAACCAAUCUGCUGCAGAUGUGUCAAUAUACCUGUGAGUGUAUGUGUAUGUGGGUAGAAGUAGGCUUACAGGCACAUGGGGGCAAUACAGGAGCUAUAAUAGAAACAGCACACUCUGUAGGAACAUACACAGGUUACAUGCGUGCAGGCAUGCGUGCAUAUACACAUGCAAACACAAACUAGGAUACACACACUGAACAACUGUCUUUCUUCUUCUGAAAGAACUAUAUCAUGUCCGAAAGGACCUAGCACUGUAAAAAAACAUCAUUUUAACAUUAUGUUCAAGAUUUGUUAGAGUUCAAAGGUUGAAAAUAUCCCAUCAGUAACUUCACUUCCUCAGCUUUUCGUUUGCCAGUUGCUCACUUGUUGUCUCACACGUGAGCUAGAUUACAACCCACAUUUAACGGUGCAUUUCUGUCAUGUCACAGCUAGUUACAUACAAUGUGCACAGUAUGCUCAUUGAAGUACUGUGUUUUUGUUCAUGCAGGUAGAUUGACAGACCAUGGUGCUGCUGAGUUUCAGGUAAUGUCAUCUGAAGGAGUAUAACUGACGUUGAGUUGAGUGUUGAAGGAGUUGUUAAACGUUUGUGGAAAUAUCACUUCUCCCUCCUUAGCUGGGAGUCAAAUGAUGACACUAAUGCCACUCAUAUCUAAAGAAGACAGUCAGCAGAUCGUUAGGUUAGCAUAGCAUAAACACUGGAAGCACAAGGACACAGCCAGUCUUGCUUUGUCCACAGUUUGUUGCUUUAGUUCUCUGAUUGUAACUGUUCAUCUUGUGUGUUGAACUGGUGGGAGUGUGUUGGGCCAUUUCUUUGCCAGGCUGAAUGACUUCCAAGAGUCUCUGACAAGACUUACAGAAGACAGAAAACACACAGCUCUGGCUAGAAAGCCAACAUUACAAGGAGUUGAGAUAUUCUCUUUAAGUUAAACUAACACUUCAUGGGUUAGUUUGUGGAUUCAUUAUUUGAGAUGGUCAAUGACUAUUGGGAAACUCAACAGCAUCAUCGUCUGCAGUGUGUAAGGUGUACCUAAACGCCAACUCAAACACAAGGGAUUUGGUUUUCAACAUUCACAACUUUAACAAACUAGUCCUGAGUUUGGAGGAGGCAAAGAAAAUUGAUUUACAUGUUACUCUGUUUUAUGCAUCCUACACUCUUUCUCCUCUCUUCUACACCAUGACGCCCCGAUACCUCCAUCCACUGAUCGGCCUAGCACACACAAAGGUGCCGCUUAGCUGACAAGUUAGAAACAACACUUGUCACAAUGAGAGUCCCAUCGGCUGAGCGCAGUCUCUUUGUGCCUCUCAGCCCAUCAGAGCUAAUGAAAAAUAAUUCUGAUGAGGUCUUUAUUUUCUCAACAGUCCACAGUGAAUAAGAGCCCAGCUGUGUCUCCCUCCCCCCCUCCCCUCUUCAUGUAUGUGUCUGUGUGCAUGAUUCGGAUGGAGGAGUGUGGUAAUGGCUAAUGAGUUGUAUCAUCAUGGCGUCUGGUUGUGUUGCAUUAGCUGGGGACACUUCUCCAUGCACAGUAACGCGAGCUGCUUUCAAGGAGAGCAACUUGACGUCUGGUGGUUGGUAUUAGAAGAUUGCAUUUUUAUUAAUUUUAAUCAAGUGUUUGAAGACACAUCACUUGACAGGUAUCUUAUAGACUUUUUUUUUUCAGGCUUGCUUGUCUUAAUUGAUAGGACAGCUGAUGAGAGACUGGGAAUGUGGGGCGUAGAGGGUGAGGAAAGACAUGCAGCAGAGGGCUACGGCCAGGAGUCAAACCAGAAACCGCUCUGACACGGACUAUAGCCUCCCUACAUGGGGCAGGUGCUUAAACUGCUAGGCUAACGGACAUCCCCUGAUAGGCAUCUUCACUUCUGAUACUUAGUUGGUUUCAUGUGAGCUUCUGUCCGAAAAAAAGGAUGUAGGUAUAUGUAGUUAACAAGCAUGUUUGCCCAUAUCUGGCACCACAAGAACUCUGCAGGUGUAAAGCCCAGAGUUGAUGAGACCACCAAACGGUGACACUCAACCAAUGGAAUUAGAUUUUCCUCUGUCUUGACUGAAGUACAAAAAAAGUGUAAAUUCAGAAAAACAAGGCAGCUAUAUUUGAAAACAGCAACAUCAGUCAAUGAGAAGUGAAUGUAAUGUAACAUGAGUAAAACAAAAUCUGAUGACAAACUGACUUCAUAAUGUCUUUGAAACAGGAACAUUAAUCACAAUCAGCUGGCAUUUGCUGCAGUUCAUUUAUUGUCAAACCUGAGAAAUGUUAAAUAAUCCAAAGAGCUAAAACAAGCAAAGUCACAUUUUAUUGAGAGGAAAAAAAGUAAAUCAAUUUCAAAAGUUGCAAAGCCUCAGUUCAAGAGGAGUUUGGAAAAAGAAAAAAACCCGUCUGAGGCUUAAAGUUUUAACUAUACAUUACAGAAGAGUUACUAAAACAAAGUUUGUAGGUGUAGAAAGUACUUGAAGGAGCUCUCUGCUCCAAACACAUCAGUUAACUUUCAUUUGAUGCCUCUGUUCUCCGCUCUCUUUGGCGUGCAUAUUUAGUACUACAUUUUGCAAAUACUCAAGAACUAAAAUUCCUUGCAGGCAAACAAAAACACUCCGUAACUGCAAUAUUAAUCAGCGGUACACAGACUGGUUGAGAUAUUCCUUCUGUGGAGUUAACAAUUACAUCAUAAAGAUAAAGGAGGGCUUGAACAUGAUGUUAUUUUCACGUUGCCAGCUGUGACACAAAUAAAAGUAGGGCAGAAACAGAAGCUCAGGCUGCCUGUUGAUGGUUGAAGAUCAUAAAUCAUGUAUUCUAACCAACUUCUCUCACAGUAAACUUGUAGACUGUCUGCACCACGGCUGAGUUUCCGUGGUUACUUGCAUUUACAGGAAAUUGGCAGAGCUCCACUUUGAGCAUUUGCUCGCAGCAUGAACACAUCGUUAGGAACCUAUGUGGACAUUUUUAGGACAACAGCCAUAUUGGUAUUUUUAUUACUUUAACGCAGAUUGAAAAGUGUUUCCCAUUUGAAAAGUUGAAAUGAACAUGCUGAACUUCUUCCUGUGUUAGAGGAUACAUUGUGUUGCUUAAGAUCAAACAAAAGUAAGUUUGUGCACUGGUGUGUGUGCAGCCAAUGAGCAGCCAUUAGUUUGUGAACAUAGACUGUAUGAAAUAUAGACAUAGUUUCAGAGGCGUCACUCGUUGAGUUCUGAAGUGGCAUUAUGAAGCACAACAGAGCCAGCCUCAUGGCACUGAGAACUCAGGCUCAACAGAACCAGCUCACCCUCUAGUCUGUCUUCCCAGAGGCCACUGGGUUUUUCUGUGACGCCCCAAUUUACACUUUUAGUUUGGCAUUUUGACCAUUGCUAUCUUAGUUUUCUGUAGAAUGAAAGUGACAACAACUUUGUACCAUCAGUGGAGUCGCCCUCUGCUGACCAUUUCCAAGAGUGCAGGUUUAAGUCGCCUCUUGUUACGCUUCACUUUUGUUACCAACAGUCAUCACCACUUCCUAGACACUCUCCAUGAUACAACCCGCUCCUUUAGCCAUCUGCCGAGGUUAUAAUGAACGUGUACUGUGUGUGCGUGUGUAUGUUUGUGUGAGCUGCAUAAGGACACGUGGUUAAGACCCCUACUGUUCCUCCCUCCCACCUCCCACACACAAUCUGUCAAUCCUUCCUGCUGUCUAAAACUGAAAAUGAAAACACCUCCAAAACCCACUCUGACACAUUUACACACAGGUUUCUGAAGUGAACAUGACUAAGGUACAGUUGACUCUCAAAAGCGGGAUCAUGGUCUGCUGAAAAUGUCCUGGGGAUCGUGAUGAAACAUGUUGUAAGUUCCUGUCACACAGCCAUGCAGAACAGAGAGGUCAAAGUGGCCUCCCGCUACUACAACUAAACUGAAUGUGUUACUGUCAGCACUCCAGCUCAAAGUACCGUCUCUCUCGCUCUCUCCCUUCUUCUUCUACUACUACAGCUUCCUUGUAUGAACUCUACAAUGAAAUCUCUCCACAAUUCACAUUACAGGCAUAGGCAUAAUUUCUCUGGGGCUAUUUUGGUCAGAUUAUAACAUUGUGUCAGAAUCAACAUCUGCGUUAUCUUCUGUACAAACUGAUCUCCUCUCCUCCCUCUCUGCAGACACUGUGCUCUCGUCUGUCUCUCUUCUUCUGCUCUUCUUCUUUAAUUUAUUGUGAGUUGAUUUCUAAGGUUGUUUGCCUCUGUCGCUGAUGAUAAGGUUUUUCUUUUUUCGUCUUCCUUUUUGUAAAAUUGACCCUCUUUUUGUUAACUUUAGUCACUGCUAAUGUAACAAAACGCACUGUGAUGAUUCCAGUAUUAAUAAAAGUUGUACUUAAACUGUG